AUGGCGGCGGCCACGACAACAUUUGCAUCGAAGUCGAAAUCUUUCGUAAAUCAGUCAUUCUUCUUACCCACUCGUUUACUUGCAUUUCGUAACACAAACCUUACUUGUUUAGCCAUCAAGAGACAGAUUACGGGUCUUUCUAGUGGUAAAGAAGUGUUGUUUAAGAGCCAAAGAAGUUUCCGAAGUGUGUUCUUGGCGUUCGGGACAGCUGUGUCGCUAGCUUGUGUGCUUGUUCUUCGAGAACGAAAUAGGAAAGUAAGAUGCGAGGAACAGGCACUUGAAGAUGUUAAAUCUGAUGAUUCAAAGCCUACAUCUUCAGACCUUUGUCCCAGAACAAGGUUACUAGACCCUGUCUCCUUGAAGGUGGCCAUAGAGGAGUCUCGCGUUUUCCUUCAACAAGUCAGUGAAGAGACUGGUGCUCCAGGCUUAGUUGUGGCUGUCAGUAUUGACGGCAAGCUGGUUUGGAGUGAAGGAUUAGGAUAUGCUGACCUUGAAAAUAAUGUUAAAUGCACACCUAAGACAGUCAUGAGAAUAGCAAGCAUUAGCAAACCAUUAACAGCAGCUGCUGCAGCUAAGCUUUACGAGCAAGACAAACUCGACAUAGAUGCUCCAAUACAGAAGUAUGUACCCACAUUUCCUCAAAAGUUCUACAAAGGAAAGCAAGUUACCAUAACAACGAGGCAGCUGCUCUCCCACCUUGGGGGCAUCCGACAUUAUAAUAAAAAUACUCUGCCAAAAGAAGACUGUGAAACAAAGAAAGAAGAUAAUGCUGCGACUAGUAAUCAAGACCAAGAGAAAGAUAAUACCGAAAAGCUGUCAAAAUCCGAGAGAAAGUCUCGGAAAGAGAACAAGAAAGAGUUUGACAAUGAAGAAUAUUAUAUCAAGGACCCAAAGACAAUCAUUGAGUCUCUUGCGCUGUUUCAAGACGAUCCCUUGGUCGGAGAGCCUGGGGAGAAAUUUCUGUACACAAGUCAUGGGUACACGAUGGUCAGUGCUGUAAUAGAAUCGGCGGCUCAAGAAGACUUUCUUUCAUACAUGAAGAAAUUGUUCCGUGAGUUAGGAAUGAAUAACACGGGGCCUGAAUUCAAUCAUCAAAUUAUUUACAACAGAGCACGGUUUUACCAACGAGACAAGAAGAAUGGUCUUGUGAACGCUCCGUACGUCGACAACUCGUACAAGUGGGCAGGCGGUGGCUUCAUAUCAACAGCAGAAGACUUGGUGAAAUUUGGCAAUGCUAUGCUGUACUCGAGCCAAGUUGGUCACGAUGAUAAAUUGCUUCCAGGAAUUCUGAAGCCUGAAACAAUAAAAGAAAUGUGGAAAGAAGUGGAUAGGAAUAAAGGUACAGCCCAUAAAGAUGGUUGGUAUGGCUGGGGAUGGUAUGUGUUAUCGGAUAAACAGACCCAUGGAGCUUGUCGUCACGUAAAGCAAACUAUCUUCCAUACAGGUGGAGCGGUGGGCGCAGUUUCAGUUCUCCUGAUUCGCCCUCAUUAUCAUACCCAACCCAGCGUUACUUCCCCACCGACCCCUCCAGGGGGAAUCGUUGUCUCCAUUAUCAUGAACCUUCAAGAAACUUCUAGAAGUAUACAAGCGACAGGAAAACAAGUAGCUGACAUAUUUGAAGAGAAAUUAGAAGAAAUACGUGAAUAGAAUAAUGGGACAAUGAGACUGGCUCUCAUUUGAAGCGAAUGGUUGUCGAUCGAUCCGACGACUACACGACGGAUGAUCGAUUAGAUUUUCAAAAUCUCUGGAAUCAGGCCAGGAAGACACGAGUGAAAAACGUCUGCGCAUGCUCUGAAUCCGUAUGCAAAUUAGUCAAAACAUAAGUAAAUUUGACUU